GAAUCCAAAGAUCACGGCCGAGAUUUCCAGUCAUGAAGUGAUUUAAUAAUCAACUACAUCACUCAAUCACCUCAUGGGACGAUCUAUGCAACAAGUUCUUUGCAAGGUACAUUCCACCUUCUAAGUCGACUUUGAUGAGAAGGGAGAUCAGUAUGUUCCGUUAAGAGGAGGAUGGACCAUUGUUUGAAGCAUGGGAAAGAUUUACAUCUCUCCUACUCAAGUGCCCUCACCAUGGCAUAGCCGAUUGACUACAAGUUGAAAGCUUCUAUAAUGGGUUAACAAAGGAAUCACGGAGCCUCAUUGAUGCGGCUGGUGGAGGCGCCAUUCAGAACAAAGAAGUUGGAGAACUUCAACAAUUAAUCGAAGAGAUGGCCCUUAAUAGCUACGAUUGGGGUGACGAAAGGAGAGGUAAGAACAUGUCAAAGGGAAGUUUAUUAAAGAUUGAAGAACCAUCGUCUCUAUCAGACCAUAUUCAAGAACUUUCCAAGAAAAUCGAUCAAGUUGCAUCAUCAAUGAAGGGCAAUAGGAAGCAACUUAUGAAGUGUGAUUGGUGCGGUGACUCGAGUCAUAAUAUGGAAGAGUGAAAGUCUAUGAUUGAAGCUUUUAUACAAUUCGAGCAAGCUAACUUUGUUGGAGGUCAAUCUCGAGGUAACAACCCUUAUAGCUUGACGUAUAAUUCGGGAUGGAGGAAUCAGACGGACAUUCUUUGGUCUUCUCCAACGGAUAGGAAAUCUCUAGGGUUUCAAUCUCAAGCUCCAAUGCAAACUUCUUACCAAAGGAUGAGUCAACCAACCUACCAUAGAGCGUAUCAAGAACAAAGCCGACCCUUCGAUGGUCGACUUGCUAAACUUGAAGAUUUAGUAGGCCAAUUUGUCACACAUUCCAAUAAGAAGUUUGAAACUUAUGGCAAGUUCAUAGAGAAUACAUUAACCAAAUUCUCAAGUUUGGAAGCGGGCCAAAGGAAUCAACAAGCUUCACUUCAAAAUCUUGAAGCUCAACUAAGUUCAUUGGCUCAAACUAUCUAAUUGAGACCUCAAGGAAAUCUUCCGGGCAAUACCGAGCGGAACCCAAAAGAAGGAUGUCAUGCAGUAACUCUAAGGAGUGGCCGACCUUUGAAGGAGAUUUCUACUUCAACGCUAAGGAUCCCGGUAAGAGAAGUUCACCAAGAAGUUGUUCAAGAAGAAAAAGUAGUUCGGGAGGAGUUACAACCUUCCAUUGAAGUUAAUGUAAAAAAUGAGGGAAAAUCUAAGAAGACUCACAAACUCGAGCCAACAUCAAAAGCUCAUUAUCCUAGACGGUUAUUUGAAUGCGAUCUUUAUCAUGAAUGUGCUCCAUGGUAGGACAAAUUGAAAAAAUCAAAGGUAAUCGUUUCUUUCCUAGACAUGGUAUUGAAGAUCCCUAAAUACACAAUGUUCUUGAAGGAAAUUUUGUCGGGAAAGAGGAAAAUGGAGGAGGUAGCUAUGGUAUCCGUUAGUGAAGUUGCUUCGGCAUCCAUUGGGUAUGGAGGAUUCCCUCCCAAGCUAAGAGAUAUGGGAAUCUUUACUAUUUCAUGCACGUUUGGAGAUAAAAUAUUUUGGAACCCGUUAGCCAACUUGGGGUCUAGCAUCAACAUCAUGCCUACACGAAUAUACCAUGAUUUGAACCUUGGACCACUCACUCCUACUCCAAUGCGGAUUGAGUUGGCCAAUAGGUCUGUUGUCGAGCCAAGAGGAAUCAUAGAGAAUAUCUCGGUAAAGUGCGCUCAUUUUGUCUAUCCGGUGGACUUCGUGGUUCUAGACACGGAGGGCUAUGAUGCAUCGAUUAUUCUAGGACGCCCAUUUCUAGUUACGACACCGACUAUCAUUGAAGUAAGUGGAAGCAAGAUCACAUUAAGGUUUGGUGAAGAGGAGAUAAGCUAUAAGAUGACCCCAAUCCCAAAUUUCCACAAGUAUUACAAAUGGGAGGAUGUCAAGAUGGAUUGUAAGCCGGUUACACCUCCUACCACACCACCUUCAAAUCCCGAGAUUGAAUGGUUCAAUAUGGUCUUCCAUGUUGACCCCCAUGAUGCUCAAGUUGAAGGAGAGAGUGAUUCUUGCAAAAAGAUGAAGAAACCGGGCAAAGAGAAAUCUUCUUGCAAAAUGAAAACCCAAGAGUUGUUCAAGGUUUCUCAUGUCUCCGGUGAUCAUGGAAGAAAGCUCCAAAGGUUUAUCUUUCAGGAGAGACAUCCUAAGAAAGGAGACAAAUUUGUUAAGGGCAAUUUAUCUCCUAUUCUUGAAAAUGAAGAAUUCGGGAAAUGCUACAAGCCAUUCACGGAUAAUAACAUCUCUAUCAAGGAGCCUCACCCUCACCAUCUUGCAAAUCAAUUCUCAAAUGGAUCCUUUCUAUCUCAUGCACCGGACGAGGCAUCCGAGAGACUCCAUGGUCUUCACCUUGGACUUCACCACAAGUAUGACUUUUACAAAGGGUCAUCAGUGAAGAAUGAAGGACUCUCCAUUUGAUCUUAAGGAGUCAAGUGCGACGAAAACACUUUUAAAGACGCGUUUGUUGGGAGGCAACCCAACACUUCGGUUUGCGUAUCUUUUCCCUUUCCUUUUCGUUUUAAUUAAAUAGUAGCAUAGCUAGUACAUUAGAGAUGCAUUGAAACUGAUUGAUAAGACUUAUCCUUUCUUUUGGAUGUUUGAUUGAAUGUUUAGAUGAAUGCUUGAACUAAGAGAGAUGGAGAAAAUGAGUUGUCCUGAACAGGACAAAGAUCGCGGUCGCGGUCUUGGGUGCCUAGCCCGCGGUCUUGCCCGUCCCUAUUUAAUAAUUGGUAGCCUCUUUAGAUCUAAGUGCAUUCACUUUUUUACCAUUCUCUAUAUCUAUAUGCUAUUACUCUCUAACUCUCUUGACUUUUCGAACCCACCUUCUUUAAUCUCAUCUUUCAACAACUUUUGAGAAGGAUUUUCUAUUGAUUUUGGAUUCCCACCAUGUCCCUUAGCAAGAUACGGUACACUUUUCCUUGUUUGACUCAAUUAAAUUGCCUUAUCUUGCCCAACAUGUGUUGAUGGCUUAGAGUCUUUAAUGUUCAUUUUCUACUUAGAAUGACAUCUUGAUGGCAUGAGAGUGUUUUUCUUUUCUUUAAUGAACCCUCUAUGUUACUUCUAAUGCCUUGGUGGGUUGUGCCCAUGCAUUUAUGCCAUCUUCAACUACCAUCCAACAAGUAUUUGUGAAAAGUCCCCAACCACAUAGAGUUCAUUAUUUGCAUCAUUUUGGAUUAAGCAUCAAUUACAUUGCAUGGGGUGUCAUUGAUUGUUCCUACAUCAAUUGGGGGAUAUCCUUCUUACUAUUGUGGAGAUAUUUCUCUAUCCAAUUUCCCUCUUUUUCCAAGUUCUUAGUCACAUUCUUAGUCACAUAUAUCGGGUGCUUGUUCUUGAGUUUAUUGGUACACUUACUAUUCGAGACAUGAGGGGUGCCACCGACCUUGAGGAUUACAUUCAGUUUCAACUCGGAGGAGAGUACCGUCACAUGUAAAUCUUAUUGUUCAAUAGAGCAAUAGACAUCUACCCGACUUUCGUUGAUUCACCUAAUGAUUUUGCCACCUUGACAAGGGAAUCCAACCUCCCUUGUUUCAAGACCUUCUAUGAGUCUGGAGUUAAGAAACCCGAGAGCCGACAAUGGGACGUGAGACUAUCAAAAGCCAGUGAGGUGCAACCAGAGUGGCGACUCAUCCACCAUGUGAUGGCUAGGUCUGUGGGAGGAAAGAAUCAGAGCAAGGGCAAUCUCACCACCCGAGACAUCACCCUAUUUCAUAGCAUGCGCCUCCCACAAUCUCUCCAUCUCAUCCUAUCAAUCUUAUCUAUUUUCAAUCAUUACAAGACGGAUCACCGACUUGCCGCACUCCACGGAGGAGUGUACAUCACCUGACUUGCCAGAUAUUUCCAAGUUGACUUUGGAACUUUGAAAUUUCGUUUGGAUCGAAGGACCGUUCCUAUAUCCUUUGGUGUCUUGAAUUCGACACUUAAGGUUCUACACAUGAGCAAUGAUGCCAUUUGGGGUGUGCGGGGAUUCCCAUUCUCAACCACCAAUACAUUGGACGUGAGAGGAACCAUAUUCCGUCUUCCAGAAGCUAGGAGGGAAACAGACCUAAGAGGAUUGACAACCAAGGAAGACCAAUAGGAGAGCGUGCAUGAAGGAGGAAAGGUGCAUAUUCCCACUUUUCAACCGGUUCACCCACCGAGCAACAAUGCAAGAGAUUAUAGAAUUGAGGCUAUGAUAGCGGUUAUACUUCACAACCAACAAAGGGAGAAGGAAGCACGGCUUCACACUAUGGCGUGCAUCCAGGCGAUCAUGGAGAAGAUGAACAUUCUGAUCAAAGAUGUACCGACCACAUUCAACCGCUUCUCACCUUCCGCACUUUCCCACGAUGAAGAAGAAAGACACUCCAAGGAGGAAUGAGUCUAGGCAUCCAGGGCCUAAGUUUUAUCUUUUUUAUUUAUUUAAAUUAAAACAAUGUUUAAUU